AUGCAAUCUGCCGUACCACCAGACGAAUAUACCCAGAAUUUCAAGGGCCAGGUUGUCCUUCUCACCGGGGCUACUGGUAGCCUGGGCGGCUGCCUUCUGUACAAACUAGCCACACAAUUACCUACGAAGAAGGUAUUCGCCUUAUGUCGAGGCUCUGUCGGUGAAGCGAUCCGUAAGUGGGAAUCAAGCAUGCCGCAGCAAAUGGACGAUAUCCUCGACUCUGGCAAGGUUGAGUUGAUCACUGGAGACCUGUCCAGACCAGGCCUUGGAAUAGACCCCGUCAUCCGCUACAGAAUGCGCAAUGAAGUGACUUCGGUCAUCAACACAGUCGCAAAUAUCUCCUUGGUCGAGGACCUAGCCAAGUCCGUUCGGGACAAUUGCCAGACAGCUAUGGCACUGUUCCAAAUGGCAUCUGAAUUCCCCCACAUUCAGCUAUUCAUCCACUUCUCCAGUCUGGCUGUGAAUAGUUUUCUCCCAGCUGGUGUCGUCGAAGAGCGCCUGUAUCCAGCACCAAACCCCAACCCCGACCCAGUGGAGGACCUCGCCGGGUAUCCAGGCGCAGACUCCUCCAAGUUACCCGCAGACGAGAGAUACGCCUGGCCAUACGGGCAGGCGAAGCAUCUAGCAGAGCGCCUACUUCUUCGUCAGCCCUGUCCUAUCCCACUAUUGAUUAUACGACCAUCCGCCAUUGGACCAGCCAUCGCAGAGCCUUUCGCCUUGUAUGGUCCCGAGAAAGCAAUCCCCAUGCACACCCUUCUUCUCUGCUUCAGCAUGUCGGACCUCGACCGUGUUGGAAGCUCGGACCACAUUUUCGAGGAAGUCCCCGUCGACCUCGUGGCCAACUGCUGUCUGCUUCACCUGGCAAAUAAAACCACGGGUGUUGUGCAUUGUGCCUCGCCGCUGUACGUCCGCCAGACAGCGGCUGAUUUCAUGGCCACUGCGAAACAAUGUAUUUCUGCGUCAGAUAUUGCUGCCCUUUUCAGAAAGCCGCGGUCUUCUACGGCUCUCAUGUGGCAGACCAAGUAUAAGGUGGAGAAUAUGGAGGAGGCAAUAUCCUGGGAUGUCGAGUGCAAGCGAUCCGAGUAUCAGAAGCUGGUCACAGGCCCGUUGGCUCUUUGCCCGGUCGGACAUAAUCCUCAGUUACACCUGGAGCAGCGAAUUCAGAGGAUGUAUCGAGUACUGGUAGAUAACGGAGAGAACUCUAGUUAG